UGAAACAUCAUGACUCGAUGCAAAUUCAAUUCAAAACAAAGAAAGAAAAAGAAAAACGGUCUAGCAACGGUCCAAGAAGCGAAAGUGGGGCAUGAAGACUGAAAAUUUCUGUGCAUGCAGCCGAAGACUUUGAAAGUCUAUGGCAGUAUAAUCAAAGUCUAAGAUUCUCUUUUGUCAUUGCAUAUAAUCUUUUAGUAAUUAAUUUGGCUCUAUUAACUCAGAUUUCUCCGAUAUUUCCCCACAAACAAACAAACUGGUAAAAAUGUUAGGCUUCUUCUUGGAAUGAUCAUGGAAUGAUUGGUAUCCGGGAAUUGGAGUGAACGGAGGGGUAGGAAACUUUUGUUUUUUAUCUUCCAGGUUUUGAUCGGCCUGAUUGAAAGCAAAUUCAGUUGCUUGAGACUCCUGAUUGUCACAAAGCCUAACUUCUCUACAAGAAGAAACAGUUUCAGCAUUGAAUCCAAUGUUAAUCUUUGUCAUCUACCUCAUCUCUUUUCUCCCUCUUCUCCUCUCCAUCGCCGCUGUCCAAAACUCACCUCCAUACUCUCGUACAGAUUUCAUACUCCUUGAUUGUGGUGAACUGUCGAACACAACUUCAUUAGAUGGCCGUAGCUGGGAUGCCGAUUCUGAUCACUCCAAAUUUUCUGCUUCUACCAGAGAAAAUGCUUCUUUUGUUUCCAAAGCCUCCAACCAGGAUCCCUCUGUCACCGGAAUUCCAUACAUGACUGCACGUAUAUUUCGCUCAGAAUUCACCUACAACUUCCCUGUAUUACCUGGCCCAAAAUUUCUUCGUCUGUACUUCUAUUCAGCUGAAUAUCCUGGCCUUAAUAUCUCCACUUCUUUCUUCUCUGCCACCGCCAAUAAUUAUACUCUCUUGAGCAAUUUCAGUGCCUAUUUAACAGCUUCGGCUACAAAGCCUCCAAGUCACUAUUUCGUCAAAGAAUUUAUAAUCACUGUAUGGGACAACCAGAGGCUGAGCCUAACCUUUAUUCCAUCUCCCAACUCUUACGCUUUUAUUAAUGGAGUCGAAAUUGUUUCCAUGCCAAGCAGCCUCUACAUGGGUGGCGAUGAUAACCAUCCGACUUUAGUUGGCUCUGGCUCUUCCUUUCCUUUGCAAAAUACAACAAAUCUUGAGACUUUUUAUCGGCUAAAUGUUGGGGGACAAGAGAUCAGAAACACAGAAGAUACCGGCAUGUAUCGAACAUGGCGUCAAGAUGACGGUUAUAUCUAUGGGGGAGCACUUGGGACUGUUCAAUCUUUCCUUAAUGAUCCAAUCAAAUACACGCCAAAGACGCCGGCUUACACUGCGCCAGUGAAUGUUUAUGCCACUGAGCGUACCAUGGAUAGAGAUUCUCACAUUAAUCUUAACUAUAACCUCACUUGGAUCUUCCCUGUUGAUGUUCACUUCUAUUACCUUGUUAGGUUGCAUUUUUGUGAGAAUCCCAACAUCACUAAAGCAAAUCAACGUGUGUUCAGUAUAUUUAUUAACAAUCAGACUGCCGAAAGAGAAUUAGAUGUGUUUAAAUGGACCGGUGGCUCUGGGAUUCCUAGGUAUGAAGACUACGUUGUAUUUGCUACAAAGAAGGAACUCUGGCUAGCUUUGCACCCUAACAUGCGUUCAACUCCAACCUAUGCUGAUGCCAUCUUGAACGGGAUAGAGAUUUUGAAGCUAAACAAUUCUCAAGGCAUCCUGGCAGGGCCUAAUCCAGACCCAUUGGAAACCCCUAUAUCUCCUGAACAGAACCCCAGUUUACAGAAUAGUUCAGGAAAUAAGAAAUUCUCAACAAUUUUAUCGAUCCUUGGAGCUGUUCUUGGUGCUAUAAUUCUCCUAUCUCUUCUCUUGGGUUGCUUUAUUUUCCAAAGAAAAAGAAGAGUUAAGGACUCAAUUUCUGUCCCCGCAGAGUUUGCUAAACCUGAAGAGACUUCCUCUUUACUCCCCUCAGAUCUCUGCCGUCGCUUCUCAAUCACUGAAAUCAAAGAAGCCACUCAUAAUUUCGAUGAACAAUUUCUGAUAGGCCAUGGAGGAUUUGGCAAUGUCUACAAAGGGUUCAUCGAUGGUGGUGCCACCACCAUAGCAAUCAAACGGCUAAACCCAUCAUCAAAACAAGGAGUCCACGAAUUCCAAACGGAAAUUGCAAUGCUAUCUCAACUCAGGCAUCUCCAUCUUGUGUCUUUGAUUGGCUACUGUAAUGAUCAAGGUGAGAUGAUACUUGUAUACGAGUACAUGGCCCAUGGUACUCUCCGUGAUCAUCUUUACAAAACCAACAAUCCUCCUUUGUCAUGGAAGUUAAGGCUUGAAAUUUGCCUUGGAGCUGCCCGUGGUUUGCAAUAUCUUCAUAGUGAUGCAAAGCAAUGUAUCAUACACCGGGAUGUGAAAUCGUCCAACAUUUUGUUGGACGAGAAUUACGUUGCUAAAGUUUCGGAUUUUGGCUUGUCUAAAUUGGGCCCUACAAGCGUGUCUCAAACCCACGUCAGUACCGUGGUAAAGGGUAGCUUCGGGUACUUGGAUCCAGAAUACUAUCGUCGGCAGCAACUCACCGAAAAAUCUGAUGUGUAUUCAUUUGGUGUGGUGUUGUUUGAGACACUAUGUGCAAGGCCGCCCGUGGUCCAAAACUUGCCAAAGCAGCAAAUCAGCUUGGCAAACUGGGGUCGAAUUUGUUGUCAAAGGGGUACUCUUGAUCAAAUUAUAGACCCAUGUUUGACAGGUGAGAUUGCAGCUGAGGGCUUGAAAAAGUUCGGUGAGAUUGCUGAGAGUUGUGUGAGUGAUGAAGCAAUUAAAAGGCCAACAAUGAGUGAUGUAGUUUGGAGCCUAGAAUUUGUAUUGCAGCUUCAAGAGACCGCGGAGAAGAACAAUGAUGGGAUGAAGAAAGUGAAGAAAAGUGAGGUGAAAGAGGUUGUUUCCACGGAUGAUGAAAUAUUUAGUGGGUCAGGUGAACAAGCUUCCAAAUCAACGAGCACCCUGUUUUGUGAGGGACAUAGUAUUUCUCUAGGUGAUGAGUUUAGUAUAUGACAAGCUCUAAAAAUUAUGUUCUCUAAGAGUUCGGAUUAAAAGGAUGGCCAAUGUCAAUUAGAUAUAGUUGUUAUAUUAUGCUUAUUUUUAAUGAAAGUUGAAUUAUACUUUAAAAUUGUAAAUAUUUCGUUCCAAAAUAAAUUUUAAA